AUGCGGUGCCCAGCGAGCCCUGCUCGCAUCCUCACGCUCCUUUCUCUUGCCAUCCUUUUGUCCCACUUCACGCUUGUCAACGCCCAAACCUCGACUACUACCGCACCCACCGACUCCGUGGUCCUCCCGACCCCCACGUCUUCCUCGACCUCGGAUGUUUCUUCUGCGCCUGCCACCAGUACCAGCGAGACGACGUCAGUCAGCUCGGCCACAGACUCUGCUCCGUCGUCUUCCUCGGAUGCCCCGCCGACCUCGUCCUCCUCUUCUCAGGAUGUGUCCAGCAGCGCUACCUCUUCGUCUACCUCUGACGUCGCGUCGUCCUCGUCCUCGUCCUCUGUAGAGAGUACCUCAUCCUCGAGCUCUUCGUCGUCCUCGUCGUCCUCGUCCUCGUCUUCAUCGUCCUCUUCGUCGUCCACCACAUCUUCUACUCUCAGCUCUUCGUCCACGUCGAAAACGCCCUUCUUUGCCACCUCCACCCAGAUGACUACAGCUAGCUACAAAUCCGUCGCGACCGAGGGCAUUGCUAGAACGAGCGCAUCCUCUACUGUCAGCGUAGCGGGCGCUGCCUCCACCGGAAGUUCAGCAUCAUCUUCAAACGGCUUCUUUUCCAACAAAUCCGCUGUUGCAGGCGUGUUCAGCGUGGUCGGCAUCAUCGGCGUGCUGAUCAUUAUUGCCAUCGUCCAAAAGAUCAUCCGGAGCCGUCGGUCCCAUCUCAACGACGAAGAGGACCAAUACUUCGACAAGAACAUCAGGCCCCCGGCUGACUACUCGGAUUCGCCCCCAGCCAGCGAGCUCGGCCAUGGUACACUCCAGGCGGUGGCUGACGACGCAUAUCCCGACCGCUCUACCCACUUCGGCAUGCCGUCUGCCUUCGAUGAUACCCAGACGCGCGACUCGAUCGUUGAAUACGCCAAGGGUACCGCUAUCGCCGCCGCUCGCCACCAAGAGGGACCGUACCAGUACCAGGAGGGGUCGUACCAGUACAGCGGCCAGACAGGUGCCUAUGAGAACAACUUCACGAACGCGCAUUACCAGACGCAGUUCGCGGACGUGCCGGGCAACUACGCAUCUGCGCACCCGUAUGGCAUCGCCAGGCCCGAGACGGCGGCGCCGAUGGCACACAACGGCUACCACGGGUACGCGCAAUAG